CGUUUCUCUGCAAUUCUUCUCCGCCUUCCUGCUUCUACUUUCUUUGCAAGCAAUAAAGCGUUAAAUAAAGUUUUUAUUCUAGAAAAAAACAACAAAGAAAUGCUCUUCGCUUUUGUGUGUCAAGCCAUGUGAGCUUACUGACACAUUCUAUCGUUCUUCUCAAUUUUUCAUAUUCUUACGCAUUCUCUAUACCGAGUUACUGACUCAGUGAGUCCACGCGUAAUAACACACACACACUCUCUCUCUAAGAUGGCGUCUUCUUCUCGAGCAAGGAGUAGUUCGCCGUUUUCGUAUCGGAAACCUUCGAGUCCGUUCUCAUCCACUUCUUCAACUUCUUUUAUGAGUAACAAACUAAUGCCUCGUACGUGCUCGUCCUCGGCGUCUUCGUUUUUCAAUUCGGGAGGUGGAUACGGUUCUCGAUCCAUGACGCCGAGUCUGUCCAGGUAUGAUUCGAUGUGCCAGGGUUCAAGCGGUUACAAUGCUCGCACACCAGUGGAUUACGCAUCGGAGGAGAUAGUUGGCGAGCAAGUGGAAGGGCGGAUAUCGGCGGAUAGUAUUUCAGUUACGAUUCGGUUUCGGCCAUUGAAUCAAAGGGAAUUUCAGAGAGGGGACGACAUCGCGUGGUAUGCGGACGGGGAUAAGAUUGUUAGACAUGAGUAUAAUCCCGCUACAGCUUACGCAUUUGACAGAGUAUUUGGACCUCAUACAACUUCUCAAGAGGUUUAUGAAAUAGCUGCAAAACCUGUAGUGAAGGCUGCAAUGGAAGGUGUUAAUGGAACUGUUUUUGCUUAUGGUGUUACAAGUAGUGGGAAGACACACACCAUGCAUGGGGAUCAAACUGCUCCUGGCAUUAUACCAUUGGCAAUAAAGGAAGUGUUCAGUAUUAUACAAGAUACUCCAGGGCGAGAAUUCUUACUUCGUGUAUCAUAUCUUGAAAUCUACAAUGAGGUGAUAAACGACUUACUUGAUCCAACUGGUCAAAAUUUGCGCGUUAGAGAAGAUGCUCAGGGAACUUAUGUGGAGGGCAUAAAAGAAGAAGUGGUUUUGUCUCCAGGACAUGCCCUUUCUUUUAUUGCUGCAGGGGAAGAGCACCGUCAUGUUGGUUCAAAUAACUUCAAUCUGUUCAGUAGCCGAAGUCACACCAUAUUCACACUGAUGAUUGAGAGUAGCGCUCACGGAGAUGAAUAUGAUGGAGUGGUCUUCUCUCAACUUAAUUUGAUUGAUUUAGCUGGGUCUGAGAGUUCAAAAACUGAGACAACUGGGUUAAGGAGAAAGGAAGGAUCUUACAUAAACAAAAGUCUUCUGACUCUUGGAACAGUAAUUGGAAAGUUAAGUGAAGGAAAAGCAUCCCAUGUUCCAUAUCGAGACUCCAAGCUUACCCGCCUUCUGCAAUCUUCAUUAAGUGGACACGGACAUGUUUCGCUUAUUUGCACAGUUACGCCUGCAUCUAGUAAUAUGGAGGAAACUCAUAAUACCUUGAAGUUUGCAAGCAGGGCAAAGCGUGUGGAAAUCUACGCUUCUCGGAAUAAGAUUAUUGAUGAAAAAUCAUUGAUUAAGAAGUAUCAGAAAGAAAUUUCAGUCCUUAAACAAGAACUUGAUCAGCUAAGGCAGGGAAUGCUUGUUGGUGUUAAUCAUGAAGAACUUAUGAUCUUAAAGCAACAGCUGGAGGAAGGUCAGGUGAAAAUGCAGUCAAGAUUAGAGGAAGAAGAGGAAGCCAAAGCUGCUUUGAUGAGCAGAAUCCAAAGGCUUACCAAGCUUAUACUUGUUUCUUCCAAAAAUUCCAUUCCUGGAUGUUUGAGCGAUUUACCAACCCAUCAACGUAGUAAUUCUGUUUGUGAGGAUAAUAAAGUGGAUGUACAGGGUGAUGGUGCCUUACUCAUAGAUAGUGAGAAUAAGAAAGAUACACUAUCUUCGCUUGAGGCACUUGCUUCUGAUUCAACUAAUGAGUUUAAACACCAAAGAUCCUCCAGCAGGAGGAAUCAUGAACUCUCACCAACCAGCAGUACUGUCACUGACACAACUCAAACGGGUGAUCUUAUUAGUGGCACUAAACUGCCGGCGGGUGGGAUGACAUCAGAUCAGAUGGACCUUCUUGUUGAGCAAGUUAAGAUGCUUGCUGGAGAGAUUGCAUUUAGCACCAGUACCCUGAAACGCCUCGUGGACCAGUCUGUAAAUGAUCCUGAGAGCUCAAAAAAUCAGAUUCAAAAUUUGGAAAGAGAGAUUCAGGAAAAGAGGAGGCAAAUGAGGGUGUUAGAGCAGCGUAUAAUUGAGAGUGGUGAAGCUUCAAUUGCUAAUGCAUCAUUCGUGGAUAUGCAGCAGACAGUUAUGAGAUUGAUGACCCAGUGUAACGAAAAGAGUUUUGAGCUGGAGAUAAAAUCAGCAGAUAAUCGUAUCCUCCAAGAACAAUUGCAGGACAAGUGUUCUGAGAAUGAGAAAUUGCAGAAGAAGGUGAAGCUUCUGGAGCAGCGGUCGGCAUCUCUCUCCGGCGACAAAUUACCAUUGUCCUCUGAACUGGGAAUACCCGAAGAAUAUUCUGACGAGUUAAGAAAAAAGGUUCAAUAUCAGGAGACCGAGAAUGAAAAACUAAAAGUAGAACUGGUGCAGCUUUCAGAGGAGAACAGUGGAGAAUUGGCGUCUGCUGCUGCUGUUGAGUUAAAAAAUUUGGCUGGUGAGGUGACCAAGCUCUCGGUACAGAAUGCAAAACUGGAGAAGGAAUUAUUGGCUGCUCGAGAGUUGGCAAACAUUAGAGGCUCCGCUAACCAGACUGUCAAUGGUUUCAACCGCAAGUAUAGUGACAGCACGAGAGCUGGAAGAAAGGGGAGACUCUCUGGCAUCUCAAACGGCCUUUCUGGAGCAGCUGGUGAUGGUUUUGAGUCAUGGAAUCUUGAUCUCAAUGAUCUAAAGAUGGAACUGCAGGCUAGGAAACAACGGGAGGAAGCUCUUGAAGCUGCACUAACUGAGAAGGAAUUCAUAGAAGAAGAAUACAGAAAAAGGGUUGAACAAGCAAAGAAGAGGGAGGAAACUCUGGAGAAUGAUUUAGCAAACAUGUGGGUUCUUGUUGCUAAGUUGAAGAAAGAGGUAGCGGCUAAUCCUGAGAGUAAUACAGAUAAGCAACAUACCAAUGGCAUGACUAAUGCCGAAGAUCCAAAAGCAAACAACACUGACAGUAACAAUGUCCUCAAAGAGCGACAAGUUUCAGAAGUGUCAUCAAAACCAGCCAAUGAAAUACCCAAGGAAGAACCCCUGGUUGUUCGGCUGAAGGCCCGAAUGCAAGAGAUGAAGGAAAAAGAGUUCAAAUCCCUGGGAGAUGCCAAUUCCCAUAUGUGUAAAGUAUGUUUUGAGUCACCAACCGCAGCAAUUCUUCUCCCUUGUCGGCAUUUUUGUUUAUGUAAAUCUUGUUCGCUCGCUUGUUCCGAGUGUCCUAUUUGUCGCACAAAGAUAUCAGACAGACUUUUUGCAUUCCCUUCUUGAUACAACUAUUUCAACCCUCCUUAUGAAGGAGUUCGUGAUCACCUGUUUGAUAUUUUCAAUGUGAAGCGGUUGCAAUUCUUUCAUUAGAUUGUCUGUGUGUAGCUGUUUAAAAAAGGUAGUUGAAUAUCAUCAGUUUUUCUCUAUUGAAUGGCUGUAAAAAUAAGUGUUUAAAGGUUAAAAAGAUUUAAGAAAAGUAUAAGAAAAGGUAAAAUCACCAUAUCCAAAAAUUUAAAAAACAAGAUGAUAUGUUUCUGUUUUAGCUAAAGGUUGUGAUCGGUCUUUUUGAACUUUCGAUUUUCAAUUGAUAAAUGUACAGAAACAACGAGCGCUUCUUAUGAAGUAAUUUUCCUUUUUC